AUGGGUAUAAUAAAUUAUAUAAGGGAGUUUAUUCCUAAUUUGGCAGAAAUAUCUGGACCACUAAGGGAAAUGCUUAAGAAAGAUCUGGAGAUACAGUGUGAUGCGUCUCAAGACGCAAUAGGGUGUUGUUUAAUGCAAAAUAAAAAACCGUUGUCCUAUUUCUCUCGCUCAUUAUCUGGUACUGAAAAAUCGUGGGCUAAAAUAGAGAAAGAAUUUCUGGCUGUAACCGAAUCCUGUAAAAAAUUUCAUAAUUAUAUCUAUGGUAAAAAUGACACUAUUGUGUACACUGAUCAUUUACCUUUGGUGUCCAUCAUGAAUAAACAAUUGAGCCAGAUUCAAAAUAAUCGAAUUAAAAGAUUAAAGCUAAAAUUAAUUCCAUAUACUUUCAAUCUAAAAUAUCUUCCAGGUAAAUACAUGUACAUCGCUGAUUUGUUAAGUAGGAACAUAUUGAAUGAAAGAGGAAAGUUUAAAGAGCUCAGAAGUGAAGUGGAGAAAGAUGAAGUUCUGAGUAGAGUUUUAAUUCAUUUUCAGCAAGGUUGGGUAGUUUUUAAUAAGGAAAAGGAGAGUCAAGAAUUGAUUCACUAUUUUCGAAAUAGGUCAGAAAUAUUAGUUAAUAAUGGUAUAGUGUAUUUUGGAUCUAGAGUCAUUGUCCCUAGAAAGCUGAGAAAAAUAGUGAUUCAAUUGUUGCACGAAACACACAUAGGGUCAACUAAGACAUACUUGAAAGCCAGACAUUUUUAUUACUGGCCUGGAAUGAAGUCUUACAUUGAUAAUUUCAUUAGUGCCUGUAACGUCUGUCAGAAAUACAGCAAAAGUAAGAUUAAAGAACCUAUGCUAAGCCAUGAGAUACCGGAUACACCAUUUAUGAAAGUGGCCAUGGACAUUGCUGAGAAUCAAGGGAAAAUAUAUCUAAUUGUUUAUGAUUAUUAUUCACGGUGGUUGGAAGUUUGUAAUAUGAGAGAUAAGACAGCGGAGAGUGUAAUCAAAGAGUUAAAAACAAUUUUUAGUAAAUUUGGAGUACCUGAGCAAACAGUGAGUGAUAAUAAUCCGUUUAAUAGUACAAAGUUUAGAGAUUUUGCAAAUAGUUGGUCAUUUGAAGUAAUCACAUCUAGUCCAAACUUUCCUAAAGGAAAUGGUUUGGCGGAAAAAAGAGUUGACAUAGCCAAAUCAAUGCUUAAAAAAUCUAGUUUCACAAAAACAGAUAUUGAACUGUACUUAUUGUAUUAUAGAAACACACCAAUUGCGGGAGUAGGUUAUUCUCCAGCUCAGAUGUUGCAAAGCAGGGAACUUAGAACUAAACUGGUUUGGGUUGAUAGUAAAAAGUUCAAACCUAAAAUAGUAUAUCCUGAGAAAAAUAACAUUAAAUAUAAAGAACAACAAAAACAAUGGUACGAUAGAGGAUCUAAAUCAGUAAGCAAUUUUAGUGAAAAGCAAAAGAUUUGGUGUCAAGAUAAAUUUAGUAAGGAAUGGUUUGAAGCAGUAAUAGUAAAAAAAAUAAAGCAACCUAGGUCAUAUUUAGUCAAAAUGAACAAUAAAAGUGAACUAGUCAGGAGAAAUAGUCAAUUUUUAAAACCUAGAGUUAGUUUUAACUAUGAUACAUCUGAAGACAAUAAUCAGAGUAAUAAGUGUAGUGAGGAAAGGAUGAGAUAUGAUGAUUUAAGAUUCCAAGAUAGUAAUAUUGUAAACGAUGAGGUAAACAUUCAAAAGAACGACAAUGGAAUUGAAAGAAAUAAUGAUUCUUUAGCACAGGAAAUAAUAGUAUUAAUGAUGAAUUAUUGGCAUUUCAGAAUAUAG